AUGGCUCACCAUGGAACCCCGCUGGUAGUCCACCUCGUUCUGUUGAGUUCUAUCAACACCGCCGCCCUGCUCCCGAUGGUAAACCUAGGUGUAGAGAACAGAACGACCAAUCUCUUCAUUGUAGCCUUCCUCAUCGCCGCUGCGGACGAGGUGAAUCUGUUCUGUAUAGAUGUCAGGCGACUGCAGAUCCUCGAAUAUUGUAUCACGGAUGGCAGUGCUAGAGAGAGGUCUUUGAUCGUCGUCCUCAAAGUGUUGUAG